GAACUACCCGGUAAUAAGGAUAGUUUAAGGUUCCCCUUCUCCCUUCUGCACCGGCUGCAUAAUACAGUAUACUGGUGCAGGUCUGAUUCGACUCCUCUCCCCAUUCCCUCCGCCCAUAGCUUUCGCACCCUCGACAAUCGCCCAUGGCCGCUCAGUCGAAACUCCUGCUGCGGUCCGAUCGAUCACUCACCCAUCUCCUCUCACAUCUCACCUCCCUCUACGCAAGACACCGGACAAAGAUCUCCCGGGGGGUCUACCUAACGCUAUUCGUCGCGCUCGUCAAUCGUGUCCGCAAUGCCAUCAACGAACAGAAGGCUGCCGCCGCUCGACAAGGGGGCCACCAUCCCCAACCCACCCCGGAGGCUCCCGACGCAAGGCGAAGGAAGAAGGUAGAACUAAACCGCGAGUUCUUCCAAAACCUAUUCAAGUUGUUGAAGAUCGUCAUCCCGGGCGUGCGGAGUAAAGAGCUUCGGUUGCUGGUCAGUCAUACUUUCUUCCUCGUCGUGAGAACAUUGAUAAGUUUGUACGUCGCCGAGCUGGACGGGAAGUUGGUUAGCGCUCUCGUGCGGGGCAAAGGGAGGGAUUUCUUUUUGGGGAUCGCCUGGUGGAUGGUGGUGGCGGUUCCGGCGACGUUCACGAACUCGAUGCUGUCGUACCAUCAGUGCAAGCUGGCAUUGCAGUACCGGACCAGAUUGACGCAGUACAUACACUCAAAGUACUUGUCGCAGAUGACUUUCUACACUUUGGGAAAUCUGGAUGAUCGCAUAAAGAACGCGGAUCAACUCAUCACGGUUGAUGUAUCGAAAUUUUCGAACUCGCUGGCGGAGCUGUACUCCAACCUGGCGAAGCCGGUGCUCGAUAUGAUGAUCUACAAUUACCAGCUGUCAAGGAACGUUGGCGGGGAGGGACUGUUUGCUAUGGCUUUGCUCGUCCAGGUUUCUGCGAACGCUAUGAGGGUGCUCACCCCGCCGUUUGGAAGAUAUGUUGCGGAUGAAGCGAGAUUGGAAGGAGAGUACAGGUUCAGCCAUUCGAGAUUAAUAGAUAAUUCUGAGGAGGUGGCGCUCUACGGCGGGCAUGACGCUGAGAAGACUACGCUGGAUAAGGGGUACUUCACGUUGAUCAAGCAUGUGAACUACAUCUUGCGAAGACGGUUGUAUCAUGGGAUGAUGGAAGACUUUGUCAUCAAAUACUUCUGGGGAGCUUUGGGACUUAUGCUAUGCUCUGUGCCGGUCUUCUUCAAGGUUCCUGGUGCUAGAGGAAAUUCGUUGGGCGAUCGCACCGAAAGUAUGAAUACCUGGGGCUCGACAUGAUUGAACCCUGGCUGAUUUCUAUAGGCUUUGUCAUCAAUCGUCGCUUGCUGUUAUCUUCUUCGGAUGCCUUUGGAAGAGUCAUGUUCUCUUAUAAGGAGAUUACCGAACUGGCCGGUUAUACCUCGCGAGUAUCUGCUCUUCUGAAUGUCAUGGAAGAUAUCCAGAACGGCCAUUUCGAGAAGAAACUUGUUUCCUCCGCAGGCACCGAGGAGAAUGCAGCUGUGCUCCGCGGGCGUGGGAGAGUUACGACUGGUCCGGAUAUCGAGUUUACCGAUGUUCCUAUUGUCUCUCCUAAUGGUGAUGUCUUACUCAAGAAGCUAUCGUUCACAGUAAAGUCCGACGAGCAUCUCCUCAUCGUUGGCCCCAAUGGCUGCGGUAAGUCCUCGCUUUUCAGAAUUAUGGGAGGCUUAUGGCCUGUCUAUGGCGGAACUGUUCGCAAGCCACCCAGCGAGGAAAUCUUUUACAUUCCGCAGAGACCAUACCUUAGUCGUGGAACACUGCGACAGCAGGUUAUCUACCCUGAUAGCAGACUUGAGCAGGUUCGUCGAGGCGUGACGGACGAGGCUUUGUACGAGAUUCUGUGUGUGGUUGAGAUUGAGAACUUGGUUGAGAAGGAGGGCGGCUGGGAAGCUGAGAAGGAGUGGCGUGACGUCUGGAGCGGCGGUAUCCAGCAGCGUGUUGCCAUGGCCAGACUGUUCUAUCAUGCACCCAAAUAGUACUCCCCUCUUGCUCGGUCCAGCACCAUGCAGGGCUAAUCCUUUACAGUGCCAUCCUAGACGAAUGCACCUCAUCUCAAGACUUGGAAACAGAGCGCAUCAUGUACGAGACGGCAAAGGGCUUAGGAAUCACCCUCAUCACUGUCAGUCAUCGUAGAAGUCUGUGGAAAUAUCACGCCAAUAUUCUACAGUUCGAUGGUCAGGGUGGAUACGUGUUUACUAAGUUGGAUGCGGAGAAGAGGUUAAAGCUUGAAGACGAGAAGGAAGAGAUUGAAAUCCAGCUCAGAGCCGUGCCGGAUAUCGAGAAGAGGAUCGCAGAGUUGGAGGCCGUCGUCGCGGAGAGAGAGUAGGGCGAGCUGCACAUUGGGGAGCUAUUGUACCCUGUUGGGUUGUAUCUCAAGGCCUGGGUCUUAACUACGUUUAUUGAGCUAGAAGUGAUCAAGGUUUUUACUUCGAGGGUUCCUAUUCGUCCUUUUUUUUUUCCUUCUUCUUUUUUUUUUUCUUUUUCCAUGCAUCCAUUACGGCGCAUAGAGGUAUUACAUCUCUCUACUCUAGAAGAAGGUGGGACUAAGGUUGGAGGCUUGCAUCAAGCUUGAGUGAGCUGGCAGUGGGGUAAAGGUCAAAUGGUCUGGUUGGCAGAUGUUGCUGCUGGGGGGCAGCAGGCGGGUAGGAUAUGGUACACAAGAAUAACAGAGUUAGAAUCUCGGGUGACGAAGGGGGGUGGGAAUGUUAUAUAGGGAAGGCAGAUUGAGUGUGGCUUCGAACCCCCCAUCUGGGGGUGCUCGGAUCCGCGGGAAGCCUAUAUAUGACCCUGUGAUCCUCCUCCUCUAUCUCUGGUUGAUAUCUUGGAAGAUUCGAUAGAGUAGUCUAUUCUUUCUACAAACAUCUAAGGAUCGACCUGGGGCUCCCUAAUGGUGGCCGGACCGGAAAAAUGAUUUUCCGCACCAAUAAGCACCCCUUUCCGCAAUCAAAAGAAGAAUGACAUUCCCAGAAACCAGUGGUCUACCGGCAUCUCUCUCUGGCCUGGUUACCAGGUCUGUUACAGCUCACAGACCCCCGGGUUUCCUCAACCCUAUGGACGGCUAACAUGGCGAUGAAGCUCAUCUGAAAUCCAUGAGAUGGGGCUCAUCUGCUCGGGAUCCAGAUGCUAGCACCGCCACACAGCUCAUCCCUCCUUCGUACCGCCACGGCUCAACGGGGUCUUGGGUCGAACUA